AUGCCACACACCGUCUCUCCUUCUGAGUCGCCCGCCAUGCCGACCGUUGUCUCCAAAACCCCUUCUGGGGUCGCCCCCACCUCCGAAGAGAUUUCCUCUCUUCUGGCCACCAUCCUCACAGCAGAGAGCUCCCAGCAGUCCCUGGAUGCCUCUUACGCUUUGACAAACCUCCUCAUUCAGAGUGUUGGCGUUGCUGGUCUGCUGAACUACAAUGUUCUCGCCGAGACCCGGAAGGCCGCCACCGAUAAGAAGAACGGAUCCCGCCGCGAGAGUGCCAUGUUGAUCAUUGGUGCUCUGUUCGAGCGCUUCCCCCAGGAGUUCCCUCUCAGUGAGGCCGUUUUCUUGUUGCAGGAUGGAGGUAUCCUCAACCUUGCCCUCGACUCCCUGGCCGAUAAGGGUACCGUCGUUCGCGAUGCCGCCCAAUAUGCCAUCGAUGCUCUUUUCACAGCUCUUAGCCCCGAGGCCAAGGUCAACGCUUUGCUCCCCGCCCUCGAGUCUUACUUGAGCAAGGGCUCUGGCAAGUGGCAGGGCUUCGUUGGUGGCUUCAAGCUGCUGGAGAAGAUGGCUUCCGGUGCUCAGAUGGGCACUGGCUCUGCGGAAGAAGAGCGCCAGAAGGAUGUGCUGCGCGACUCCAUGGGUAAGACCCUCAAGGAGUUGAUCCCAGUUGUCGAGUCUGGAAUGCACGACCUCAAGGCCGAGGUCGCCAAGCAGGCCAACAAGACCAUGACCGCCCUCACCACUCUGCUGACCAACGACGAUGUUGCCCCUCGCAUCCCCCUGCUCAUCAAGACCAUGGAGCAGCCCUCCGCCCAGACCCUGCAGAAGGCCAUCCACGCCCUCUCGCAAACCACCUUCGUUGCCAUUGUCACAUCCCCCGUGCUGGCCCUCCUCACUCCCCUGCUGGAGCGAUCCCUCAACACCCCCACUACUCCCCAAGAAACUCUCCGUCAAACCGUCGUUGUCGUGGAGAACCUGACCAAGCUGGUCCACGAUCCCGCUGAGGCCCGUACCUUCUUGCCCAAGCUCCAGCCUGGUGUUAAGGGCGUCAAGGACCGCGCUUCCCUCCCCGAGGUCCGUGAACUCGCUACCCGCGCCCUGAAUGUCAUGGAGGAGGCCAUGAAGGACGGCAAUCUCGCUUCUGGUUCGAUCGUCAAGGUCACCCCCGAGGAUGUCUUGGCUCUCUUGAACCCUAAGCUCCAGGAGCACGGCGGCCUGACUGGCGAUGCCAAGUUCAUCGAGCUGGCUAAGAUGUUCAUUGCCGGCAUGGUCCGCGAGGAUGUCAACGUCCGUUACUACGACCGUAUUCCCUCUUGCAUCACCCCUUACCUGCGCGGUAUGAUGGCUGAUGAGCACCUUGAGGCCAUCGCCACUGCCAUUCAGGCUCACUACGUUGAGGAGGAUGAGCGCAAGUUUGGCAAGCCUAUCCCCGAUGACCCCAACGAGGUUGAGAUCGUCAAUGCCAACUUCUCCCUCGCUUACGGUGGUAUGCUUUUGCUGUCCCACACCAACCUGCGUCUGCUCAAGGGUCACCGUUACGGUCUGUGUGGUCGCAACGGUGCCGGAAAGUCCACUCUGAUGCGCAGCAUUGCCAACGAGAAGCUGGAAGGCUUCCCCCCUCAGUCCGAGGUCCGCACUUGCUUCGUGGAGCACAACCAGGGUGAGGAUGCUGACCUUAGCAUCCUGGAGUACGUUUCCAAGGACCCCCAGAUUGCUGCCGAAGGAAAGGAGGCCAUUUCCAAGGUUCUUCUCGAGUUCGGUUUCACCGAUGGACCCGAAGGUCGCCAAGCCCAGCCCGUCGGCUCUCUGUCCGGUGGUUGGAAGAUGAAGCUGGCUCUUGCCCGUGCUAUGCUCAUGAAGGCCGAUGUUCUGCUUCUUGACGAACCUACUAACCACUUGGAUGUUGCCAACGUCAAAUGGUUGCAGGAAUACCUCAAGAAGCACACCGACAUCACCAGCUUGAUCGUGUCUCACGACUCUGGCUUCCUCGAUGCCGUCUGCACAGAUAUCUACCACUACGAGACCAAGAAGCUCGUCUGCUACCCCGGUAACCUUGCUGACUUCGUCAAGGUCAAGCCCGAGGGUAAGAGCUACUACACUUUGUCUGCCUCGACCGUCCAGUUCCGCUUCCCCCCUCCCGGUAUCCUCUCUGGUAUCAAGUCCGCUACCCGCUCUAUCAUGCGCAUGAGCAAUGUUUCCUACCAAUACCCCGGCGCUCCUAAGCCUUCUUUGCACGAUGCCUCUCUGUCGCUCACCCUUUCCUCCCGUGUUGCCAUUAUCGGAGGAAACGGUGCCGGAAAGUCCACCUUCAUCAAGAUCUUGACUGGUGAGACCAUCCCCUCGGCUGGUAAGGUUGAAAAGCACCCCAACCUGCGUAUUGGAUACAUCAAGCAACACGCUCUUGAGCACGUUGAGAUGCACUUGGAGAAGACUCCUAGCCAGUACCUCCAGUGGCGUUACGCCAACGGUGAUGAUCGUGAGGUCUUCUUGAAGCAGACCCGUAUCUUGACCGAGGCCGACAAGAAGCAACUGGAGACCCCCGUUGAUUUGGGUGAUGGCCGCGGCCCCCGCCGUGUUGAGGCUAUCAUGGGUCGUCAAAAGUGGAAGAAGACCUUCCAGUACGAGAUUAAAUGGGUUGGCCUGCUUCCCAAGAACAACGUCAUGAUUUCUCGCGAGACUUUGACCAAGCUUGGAUUCACCAAGAUGAUCCAGGAGUUCGACGAUCACGAGGCUUCCCGUGAGGGUCUUGGAUUCCGUGUCCUUGACCCCCCUACCAUCUCCAAGCACUUCGAGGAUAUUGGUCUCGACCCCGAGAUUGCCAACCACAACGAGAUCUCCGGUCUCUCCGGUGGUCAAAAGGUCAAGGUCGUGCUUGCUGGUGCCAUGUGGAACAACCCUCACUUGCUGGUUCUUGACGAGCCUACUAACUUCUUGGAUCGUGACUCCCUGGGUGGUUUGGCUGUUGCCAUUCGUGACUUCAAGGGUGGUGUCGUUAUGAUUUCUCACAACGAGGAGUUCGUGGGUGCUCUGUGCCCCGAGCAGCUGCACAUUGCCGACGGUCGUGUUGUCAGCCGUACCAACACUGCUAUCAGCCUCGACCGCUUCGAGGACAGUGCUACCAACAGCCCUUCGGCCCCUGGUACCCCGGCCGCUAUCUCGGCCGCUACCAGCGCCGCUGCCUCAGCCGUCAACUCUGGUGCCGAAGAUCAGGGCGAGCUCAACUUCCGUGCCAAGAAGAAGAAGAAGAUGACUCGUGCUCAGCAGAAGGACCGUGAGGUCCGUCGCCGUCUGCGUCACAUCGAGUGGCUCAACUCCCCCAAGGGCACCCCCAAGCCCGUCGACAGUGACGAUGAGUAA